ACAGUUCACCGUUUGUCUCUAUACAGUUUCAUUAGAUAGGAAAAGUAAAACAAGAAAAAAGUACGAGAAAAGGACACUUUAUAUCAAGUUUUGAGAGAUUCUCCUAACACCUGUCGCUGUUUCAACGGUCAAUUUUUAUAAAAUAUUGGAAUGACUUUGUCCGAUAAUGAUUACAACACCAACUAAAAUGCACAAUUGAGUAAAGGAGUUGUUUUCAUCAAAGUUUGUCUGAAAAAAAACUAUGGGUUCCGUUGAAGAAGAGCAAUCCCUCAUCGAACAAGGUUCAAUACAGGAGGAACUGAAACUAUAUGCAGAAGAUGGCUCCAUCGACAUCAAUGGAAACCCACCGUUAAAGGACAGAACUGGGAACUGGAAAGCUUGUCCUUUUAUUCUAGGCAACGAAUGUUGUGAGCGGUUGGCUUACUACGGUAUUGCUAUUAAUCUCAUUACUUAUCUCACCGCUGAACUCCACCAAGGAAACGUUUCCGCCGCUAGAAACGUCACGACAUGGCAAGGAACUUGUUACAUCACUUCUCUCAUUGGAGCCGUCUUAGCUGACGCUUACUGGGGUAGAUACUGGACCAUUGCUUCUUUCUCCUCCAUUUAUUUCAUCGGAAUGUCUGCUCUGACUCUCUCCGCAACAGUUCCAUACCUGAAACCCUCUGACUGCAUCGGAGACUUCUGCCCGUCGCCAACAACACCUCAGUACUUAACCUUCUUCCUCGGGCUUUACCUUAUAGCUCUUGGCACCGGGGGAAUCAAACCGUGCGUCUCCUCCUUUGGUGCAGACCAGUUUGACGAAAAGGACCCGAGUGAACGUGUUAGAAAGUCUUCUUUCUUCAACUGGUUCUACUUCUGCAUCAAUACCGGAGCGUUUGGAUCCUUUCUUCUUGUCUUGGUUCAAGAGAAUAUCGGCUGGGGGUUAGGUUUCGGGAUACCGACUGUGUUCAUGGGAUUAGCUAUCAUCAGUUUCUUCUUUGGCACUCCUCUUUAUAGGUUUCAGAAACCUAAAGGUAGUCCCAUCACAAGGAUCUGCCAAGUUCUUGUGGCUUCAUACCGUAAGACCAAUCUCAAAGUCCCUGAAGACAGAACACUUCUGUAUGAAACUGAAACACAAGAGCUGUUCGUUGCAAGUAGGAAACUCGAGCAUACAGAUGAUUACAAGUAUCUUGAUAAAGCUGCUGUUUUAUCAUUAGAAGAAGCAAGAUCCUUAGAAUUUUUCAAUCCAUGGAGUCUAUGCACCGUUACACAGGUCGAAGAAGUCAAGAUUCUAAUCCGAAUGCUCCCUAUAUGGGCUUCAGGUAUCAUCUUCUCAUCUCUCUACGCCCAAGCAACCACCAUGUUUGUCCAACAAGGAAGAGCCAUGAACUGCAACAUCGGCUCCUUCAAGAUUCCACCAGCGACUCUCGGGGUCUUCGACUGCGUCACCGUCCUUAUUUGGGUCCCACUCUACGACCGGUUCAACGUCCCGGUCGCUAAACUUCUCACAAAAACCGAUAAUGGGUUCACCGUGCUUCAACGAAUGGGAAUAGGUCUUUUCAUUUCUAUCUUCGGUAUAGCAGCAGCAGCUGUGGUUGAGAUGGUUCGGCUCGGUAUGGCGGAAACCGGAACCGAUGUUUCUUUAACCGUGUUUUGGCAGGUUCCGCAGAUAUUUAUAUUUGGUGCAGCAGAGGUUUUUUACUUUGUAGGACAGCUUGAGUUCUUUUAUGGUCAGUCACCAGACUCGAUGAGGAGUGUGUGUAGUGCGUUGGGACUACUGGCUAAUGCGUUGGGGAGUUACUUGAGCUCGUUAAUCCUCACGGUGGUGACGUAUUUCACGACCAAGGACGGUGGAGAUGGGUGGAUUACGGAUGAUCUUAACGAGGGACAUCUUGAUUACUUCUUCUGGUUACUGGCCGGUUUAAGCACUUUGAAUGCAUUGGUUUAUGUUUUUUCUGCUGUUAAUUACAAACAAAAGAUAACGUCGUAAUUGUAGCUUUUGUUCGUUUUUUGCCCUUUAUUUUUUAUUUUUUUUGGUUUCCUAUCAGAACAUAAUAACAAUUGUCAUAUUUAUCUGUAGAAUUUAGUCACUUUCAUUUGUAGUUUUCUCAAUCUUCUGAUUUAUGAUAGAAAGUUAUCAAAGCUGACCAAAGCUUGAAUGAAUGAUUCAAACCAAAACCGAAUUAAAUUUAAAUAAACCAAAUCUAAACGAUAAGAGGAUUAAUGAUGUUCUCUCACCAAAAAUCGAAUGGAAUGUAAACCGGUUCGAAUUAAGUUAUUUGGCAAAACUAAAGUUCAAAAUUGGUUAAUGAUAUAGCCGGUAUAUAUCGGUAAAAAUUUUACAAAUUAAUAAACACGAAUAAAUUUUAUUAAUGAAUUGCUAAAUGGGAUUUUCUACUAUAUAAUCCCAAAUUUGCAAAGCCUAAGCAUAUAAUUAUUGCCUUGUUUUAUUUCCCAUCAUAAAGUAUUUUCUUCCUUUUGCUUAUGUUCUUCUUAUUCUGGAACAUUAGAUCUGGUUUCAAUAACUUGAAUAAGUAUUAUUGGACCCACGAUUACUUUGCCGCAGCCUUUUCAUUUCUUCAGAGUAUUAUCUAACAUUUGGUCUCGGUUUCAUUCUUUUAUGUAAUGAUACUAUUUCUGAUAACUCGUUGCAUAUUUCUUUAUGCCCAUUAUUCCUCGUUACCGCUUUUCCCUGGAACAUUAGGUAAGUGUCUGAUUUUCUCUUUGUUGAGAUCAUUUGUUUGGUAAGAGGUUAUUAUUAUUAGGCUGGUCAGGACUCCAAGUUGGCUAUGUAUGCACACUCUCAUACGGUCAUACCUUUAUCUAUAGAUUUGAAAACAUGUUUUCUGUUAUCUAACAAAUCGUGUAAUGCAAAUUUCCAUACCAAAUGUUGUGCAUUCCAACAAAUAUAUAGAACCAGAACAGAUAGAUACCCUCCUUCCUUAUGGUCUAGAAUACAUGGCUUUGGCAUCAAAUCUUUAGAAAUACGUCUUGAUAUACGUAUAUGUACGUUAAAGAAAAUGAAAUGAGCACAUGUUUUAAGUUUUGGGCAGGGGCUACAUAAACACUAGACCCGGUGUUAAUAAGUUUUUAAGUAGACCGCCUAAAGACUCUGCAUUUAGAUAUCGUAUAGAAGAAUCUGCAAAACAAAAAAAAUGCAAUUAUGGAUUGGUGGAUAAGAGAACUUAUAUACAAAGCCUGUAAAGGGGGAAUUAUUCUCUCUAUGUCCCUCUCCUUCUUCCUCUUCUCACCUGCCAUAUUACAAUCUACACAAUCAAACUUGUGUUGUUCUUCAAUUAUCUCUGUUGCUAUGAUUACAGCCAUGUGUGCUGCCUCUUGAAAACCUAAUUAGCUUCUCUCGAAUUUUCAACGUGUUAUGAUUUCCCUUUAUUUGAGUUAUCUCAUACUUUUGAUAUAUCUGGACAGGAAGGUCUCAGCUUAUGCUCCCAGUGUGCUAUGUCAUCAAAUUCAAUUGUGUGUCCAAAAUUCUCCUUGUGACCUUUUUUCAGUGUUGCGUCUAUUGUUUACAUAGCCGUAUCCUAUGUCAGGAUUCGGGUGGAUUUAAACAACAAUCUUAGAAGGAUCUUCAUAGUAAACUUCCAAUUUUUAAGGAAAGAAAAAGUCAAAGGGUUGUUUGGUUUUUAUUCCUACUAAAUAGAUAUUCACAUUACAACAUCAAUAUCAUUGUAUAUACUGAAUAGUAAUAAUAACAUACUAGGUUACGAUCCGCGCCUUGCGCGGAAUGAACAUUAUAUAUAUAAAUUAUUUUAUAUAUUAUAUGUUUAUAACAUAUUAUGAAAUAAUUAAUAUAUAUUAAAUAAUUAAAAAGUCAUUAUCUACUAUUUAUAUAAUUAAAUUGGCGCGAACAUAUAAAUAAAUUUUAUAAAUCGAAAUAAAUAUU